AUGUUGCCCUGGAAAAAGAGCAAGUUCGACCUGAUCGAGGAGGACAGCAAGCAGAGCAAACAGAAGGGCUAUGCGGUGAGCCUGAACUACAGCGCCCUGACCUCCCUGGCCAAGUCGUGCCCGGAGGGGGCUCUGACCAGGGUAGGCAGUAUGUUCAAAUCCAAGAGGAAGAAGAUCAAGAUCACCGGGGAGGACCCGACCUACACCGUGCUCUACCUGGGCAACGCCACCACCCUGCAGUCCAAGGGCGACGGCUGCACCGACCUGGCCGUGUGUAAGAUCUGGAGCAAGAGCGAGAUGGGCAAGCAUGGCACCAAGAUGAAGCUGACGGUCAGCGCCCAGGGCAUCCGCAUGGUGCACGUGGAGGACAAAGCCAAGCGGCCCGGACACCUCUACCUGCUGCACCGGGUCACCUACUGUGUGGCCGACCCCCGCCUGCCCAAGAUCUUCGCCUGGAUCUACCGGCACGAGAUGAAGCACAAGGCGGUGAUGCUGCGCUGCCAUGCCGUGCUGGUCUCCAAGCCCGAGAAAGCCAAGGCCAUGGCACUGCUGCUCUACCAGACCUCCGCCAACGCCCUGGCCGAGUUCAAGAGGCUGAAGAGGAGGGAGGACGCCCGGCACCAGCAGCAGCAGCUGAUCGGGGAGCACAACAUCCCCCUGGUCCCCCUCCGCAAACUCCUCAAUGGACAAUGCUGCUACAAGCCGCCGGUGGAGAGGAGCCGCAGCGCCCCCAAACUGGGCUCCAUCACCGAGGACCAGCAGGGCGAGGAGGAGGAGGAGAGGGCCAUGAGCUUCGAGUGUGAGGAUGUGCUGGACGCUGGGGGUGGGGGGGGAGGACGAGCAUGA